GGCUAGUGGUCUAUGUCCUGCCUCUGGCCUGGAAGCUGAUUCUCAAGGCUCAAUCUCUGGAAGCGCUGGCCUCAUUCCAUUCCUCUCCCUCCUGGUGAAGUCAUUAGAUCCCAAUUGAGAGCCUGGGAAUGUCCACGAGGUUCCUCCUCACUAGGCAGCCAUGGUGAGGAGAGUGGCCAUUAUUGGAGCCGGUGUCAGUGGUUUGGCCUCCAUCCGGAGUUGUCUGGAAGAGGGGCUGGAGCCCACCUGUUUUGAGAGGAGCAAUGACAUCGGCGGCCUCUGGAAGUUCUCGGACCAUGUAGAGGAGGGCAGGGCUAGUAUUUACAAAUCAGUCUUUACCAACUCCUCCAAAGAGAUGAUGUGUUUUCCUGAUGUCCCAUUUCCUGAUGACUUCCCCAACUUUAUGUACCAUGGCAAGCUUCAGGAAUAUAUCAUUGCAUUUGCCAGAGAAAAGGACCUUCUGAAAUACAUACAAUUUGAGACACUCAUAACCAGUAUAAUUAAACGUCCUGAUUUCUCAAUUACUGGCCAAUGGGAUGUUACCACUGAAAAGGAUGGUAAAAAAGCGUCGGCUGUCUUUGAUGCUGUAAUGAUUUGUUCUGGACACCAUGUGUACCCCAACAUACCAAAAGAGUCCUUCCCGGGACUAAAGGAUUUUAAAGGCCAGUGCUUUCACAGCAGGGACUAUAAGGAGCCGGGAACAUGGAAGGGGAAGCGUGUACUGGUGAUUGGCCUGGGGAACUCUGGCUGCGACAUUGCUGCAGAACUCAGCCACACAGCUGAGCAGGUGAUGGUCAGCUCCAGAAGUGGAUCCUGGGUAAUGAGCCGGGUCUGGGAUGAUGGUUAUCCUUGGGAUAUGGUAUUUGUCACUCGAUUUCAAACCUUCCUGAAGAACAGCUUACCAACAGCAGUCUCUGAUUGGUGGUAUGUGAAGCAGAUGAAUGCAAGAUUCAAGCAUGAGAACUAUGGAUUGAUGCCUUUAAAUGGAACCCUGAGGAAAGAGCCCGUGUUCAAUGAUGAGCUCCCAGCUCGCAUCCUGUGCGGCACUGUGUCCAUCAAGCCUAAUGUGAAGAAGUUCACAGAGACCACAGCCAUUUUUGAGGAUGGGACCAUGUUUGAGAAGAUUGAUUGUGUCAUCUUUGCCACAGGCUAUGGCUAUGCCUACCCCUUCCUUGAUGAAUCCAUCAUCAGGAGCAGAAACAAUGAGGUGACCUUGUUUAAAGGCAUCUUCCCUCCUCAACUAGAGAAGUCAACCUUGGCUGUGAUUGGCCUUGUCCAGUCUCUCGGGGCUGCCAUCCCCACAACUGACCUCCAGGCCCGCUAUGCAGCACAGGUGGUAAAGGGAACUUGUGUUUUGCCUCCUGUGAAAGACAUGAUGGAUGAUAUUGAUGAGAAAAUGGGGAAAAAACGUAAAUUGUUUGGCAAAAGUGAGACCAUACAGACGGAUUACAUAGAUUAUAUGGAUGAACUGGCCUCUUUCAUUGGUGCAAAGCCCAACAUCCUGUGGCUGUUUCUCACAGACCCCAAGUUGGCUGUGGAAGUUUUCUUUGGCCCUUGCAGCCCCUACCAGUUCAGGCUGGUGGGCCCAGGGAAGUGGCCAGGAGCCAGAAAUGCCAUCCUGACCCAGUGGGACCGGACCUUGAAACCUACGAGCACACGAAUUGUUGGGGAUCUUCUGAAGCCUUCCGUAUUUUUCCAUCUGUUCAAGCUCCUUGCCAUCCCUAUUCUGUUCAUUGCUCUUUUCCUUAUGUUGAUCUAAUUAUCAUUCUAUAAUUUUCAAAAGCUGCUAUUACCAACACCCUAAUAAUUACCUUUGAAUGUAAAAUUCAUGAUUUUAAUAAUUCAUUUUUGCAUGUUACUCUCAUAAAAAUAAUUGUAUACAUUUAUAUCUCAAGUAUUUAUUCAGUUCAAACAAAUGAAGCACAAGAGG